GCUUCCCGUAGGCGCCCUUCCCGGCUUCCUCCGCGGCGUUCCCACGCCGACGCUCCCGGGGAUUGCGGCGUUCUGGACUGCUUCCCUCUUCGUGUCAGCAAACGACCAAGGCAAUGGCAGCCCAGAAGAUAAACGAGGGGCUGGAGCAUCUGGCGAAGGCAGAGAAGUAUCUGAAAACUGGUCUUUUAAAAUGGAAGCCAGACUAUGACAGUGCCGCUUCUGAAUAUGGAAAAGCAGCUGUUGCUUUUAAAAAUGCCAAACAAUUUGAGCAAGCAAAAGAUGCCUGCCUACGGGAAGCUGUUGCCCAUGAAAAUAAUAGGGCCCUUUUUCAUGCUGCCAAAGCUUAUGAGCAAGCUGGCAUGAUGUUGAAGGAGAUGCAGAAACUGCCUGAGGCUGUCCAGCUGAUCGAGAAAGCCAGCAUGAUGUACCUGGAGAACGGCACCCCUGAUACAGCAGCUAUGGCUUUGGAGCGAGCUGGAAAGCUCAUAGAAAAUGUAGAUCCCGAGAAGGCUGUACAGUUGUAUCAGCAGACAGCGAAUGUAUUCGAAAAUGAGGAACGCCUACGGCAGGCAGUUGAACUUCUAGGAAAGGCCUCCAGACUGCUAGUACGAGGACGAAGGUUUGAUGAGGCUGCACUGUCUAUCCAGAAAGAAAAAAAUAUUUACAAGGAAAUUGAAAAUUAUCCAACUUGUUAUAAGAAAACAAUUGCUCAGGUCUUGGUUCAUCUACACAGAAAUGACUAUGUGGCUGCAGAGAGGUGUGUCAGGGAGAGCUACAGCAUUCCAGGGUUUAAUGGCAGUGAAGAUUGUGCUGCGCUUGAACAGCUGCUGGAGGGAUAUGACCAGCAAGACCAAGAUCAAGUGUCAGAGGUCUGCAGCUCUCCCCUUUUCAAGUACAUGGACAAUGACUAUGCUAAGCUGGGCCUAAGCUUAGUGGUCCCAGGAGGGGGUAUCAAGAAGAAAUCACCAGCAACUCCCCAGGCCAAACCUGAUGGAGCCACCAGCACAGCUGUUGAGGAGGAGGAAGACGAGUAUUCAGGAGGCCUAUGCUAGUACCCUGCCUGCAGAGGAGAUGAAAAGAUGGGAAAUCCUGGCAAGCCCUUUCAUGGGAUUAGGACUCAUCUGUGGACAUCUGUCAUGGAGAUUAUGAUGUUGAGUGUUAAUACAUGUCAAAUUUACUUUGCCAUCUUUCCACUCAGCCAUUGUAUCUACUACCUGUGAAUCACCGUCCUUUCCAGUGUAAGAGUGGAAAUGAGCAGAAAAUAAGUCAUAUUUUAAUAAUUGAUUUUCAAAUGUAUAGACAAAUUAUAUUGUAAACAAGACAGGAAAUAGACAUAUUUACUCUUUUCUCUUGGGUUCUUGUAAUUUAUUGUUAGGUAAUUUUCAUUGCAUUUUAUUUAACGUUGCCUCUAAACAUGAUUUUUUUUUCUUUUUGUAAAAAUAAUUGUUUCAAAACUGGCCUGGUUUUUCCCACUAUCUUUCUGUGUUUUCACAUGGUACCUAUGCAUGUUCUGGCUAAUGUUCUCACGAGCAUCCACAGAGCCCAAAAGAGAGGCAGACAGCAGGUCCUCAGCAUGGGUGUUCCAGAGUCGCCCAUGGUGAUGGUGCAUGGUUACACCUUCCACCCUUACAGGGGUGACAAGAUCAUUGAUGAUCACAAAGCUGGGGAUGUAGUUGUCACUCUUGUAGGCGGGUUAAAUGAAUAUGGAAUAUCAGCCCCAGAUUUGAUGUGCUACAUGAAGACCUAGGAAUGGCAGUUAUCUUCCCAUCUUGUCGGUUUGGUUGCAUUGUACCCAUAGCCUCAGCUGGCAUCAUGAACCAUGAAGCAGGACAAAAUCACAGAGGGGAAACCUGAGAUUCUCUUUUUAGGGAAUAAAACAUAAGAAUAAAAAGAAUGCUUGAGUGGAGGGAGGGCUUGUCUCAUUUGAAAAGGAAAUUUAGCCAUCACCAUGUUAGAUCCAUUUAAGUUAUUGAGUCUUUUCAGAGACAAGCUUGGAACAAAAGCUUUAUAAUAUUUAGCUCAGUGUGUGACUACAAAAUGUCGAAGGCAAUAUAUUAAAAUGAUGUUAUAAAUAUCUUCAGCCCUCCCCAAAGCAUUGUCUUUUUUCUUAACAAUAAAUAAGAUGGCAGUGUUCAAGCCAUCCAAAAUGGGAUUAAGACCAUUUAUGUAUCCAGUAUGACAAGUAAUGUUCCUGUCAGUCUGGUAUGCAUGCAUUUCUUACCUCCUCCAAAAUAAUUUUUAUUUGCAGUUCAUCAGAGUAAAAAGCCAAAGAGGGUUUUGAAAGACAUACAUUUAGGACUGGAUUAGCAAUCUUUUCAUACCUCAUAAAUUUUCCAUGAUUAUUUCCUAUUUGAAGCAUUCCUCUUUUUGCCCUGUAUGGUUUAGAGCCAUUUCAUAAUCGAUGUGAACGGAAGAGCUGCAAGCAGCAGCAGUGUGUACUAGGCGGCAGUGCUGACUGCAACAAUUCUGUCACCAAGGUCACCACUGUCUCCUUAUGCACACCUUAUUUGCAAAUAGUAUGCUUAGUUUUGCUGGAUUUCCAAAAUCUAGGAAAAGCAUCUUUAUGCUACCAGUCCUAGUGGCAGAUGUUCAACAGACUAGCAUCUUCUUCCAGGUGUGCUUGAGAGAGUGUGGAUGUCGUUGUGCAGUCCCUGCACAGAUUACAGGUCUGAUGUGAAACACUAAUGUAAGUUUUAUACUUUCCACUAAGUUACCUGCAUAGUUCUUUGGGUUUCAAGUCAUUGUCUUUAAUUGCAUUGAAAUUAUGAAUAAAGCUGUAUUUUGGCAUUUUUAUUUAAAGAGGAAA